UUCAGUAAAGUGACUUUCUUUUCUGACAGAAAUGGCAGCCAUGAACUCCAGUGUUUUGGCAUGCAACUAUGCUGUCUCUGCUGCCACUGGAUCAUCCGAGCUUGACACCAAGCUCCCUUCACUUGUGUCUACUGGUCACAACAAGUUUCCUGUGAUCAGAGCACAGCAGCCUAAAGUUUCUUAUUCCAAUGAAUCAAGAGCCAGUGAAGGAAGGAGAGCAGCUGUGCUCUGUUUGGCCGCUACCCUUUUCUCCUCAGCUGUUUCUUCUUCAGCAAAUGCUGGAGUCAUUGAUGAUUACCUUGAAAAGAGCAAAGCUAACAAGGAAUUGAAUGACAAGAAGAGGUUGGCCACCAGUGGAGCAAACUUUGCCAGAGCAUUCACUGUUCAAUUUGGCACUUGCAAGUUCCCUGAGAACUUCACUGGCUGCCAGGAUCUUGCAAAGCAAAAGAAAGUACCAUUCAUCUCUGAUGAUUUGGCCUUAGAGUGUGAAGGGAAAGACAAAUACAAGUGUGGUUCCAAUGUUUUCUGGAAAUGGUGAUUAGAUCCGAAUGUACUU